AAAAAAAGGCUUUGGCUGUCAAAUCUAAUUUCUACACACUAGAGAUAGAUGGACAGGCCUUGAGAAAUUUGUUGGUACCUGCAAACGACGUCAUUGUGCGACAAGACCGUUUUUGGUCAUCAUUCACGCCCUUGGGGGCGGGGUACUCCAAAAUUCACGGUCCCUACUGUUGCUACCGUUAACAACUUCACAUAGAACUCUUCAAUUGCAUAUUUCGACUUUUAACACAAAGCAUCCUACAGUUGAAGUCUUUUGAGAUACAAACACGAUGACUACCAAGGAUCAGGGUAUCACCCUCACGGCUCAGUGCCUUUGCAAGGCGCAUACCUUCGCCAGCAAAGUGACCCGAUCAAAGCUCCCUCUACCAGCGUCGAUAUGCCACUGCACGUCAUGCCGAAACGCCACUGGUGCCAUGUACAACUGCAACAUAGACUGGCCUGGCCCAGCCGAUGAAAUUCGCAACUCUGAUCUGAAAUCCUACGAAUUCACCACCAAUUGCCAAAUUUUGUUCUGUGGCUCAUGUUCGUGUCCGAUGUUCUGGGAUGCUCACUACAAAGAUCAGCCCCAACACUACGGCGUUUUCACGGGAGUCUUGAAUAAUGUUGACGUUGAUAACCUUAUCACCUUCACGAGGCAAAUCUUUGUUGGUGACACGGUUGAUGGGGGCCUUUCUCCGUGGCUUCAAAAUGUGAACGGUGACAGCGAGAAGCCUCGCAGAUGGAUGGAGAGACCUGAAGAUGGCUGGGAAUUAGGUGAAAUUUGGCCUACCGCGAAUGAGGAUGCUCGGCCCGAAGCGCCUCCAGCCACAGAUAUACCUAUCCGCUGUCACUGCAAGGGAGUCGAUCUUGUCUUCCGUCCCGGCAACAUGGACUUUUCUACCAUGGAGGCUGAUGCGAUUCCUUCGUUUAUCGAGCCAAAGACCCAUAAACACCUUGCGACACUGGAUCCAUGCCCAUCAUGUCGCCUAUCAGUUGGUGUUGACGUAAUGAAUUGGACAUUUGUCAUGCCUCAACAGAUCGACUUCCCAGAGAAGACCAAUAACCCCGACUUUCCGCGCAAUACGCUUGAUCUGAAGAGGGCAGUCGACAAUCCCGACCGAGACCUUCGUUACGGCACGCUCGCGAUCUAUCGAAGCUCACCUGACGUUCAAAGAUAUUUCUGCUCGCGCUGCUCUGCGACGGUAUUCUACACCGUUGACGAUCGUCCAGAGUGUAUUGACGUAGCUGUUGCACUGUUACAUGCUCCAGAGGGAGCUCGUGCAGAGAGCAUCUUGACUUGGCAUCUUGGUGCUAAGAUGAUGGGAGAGUGGGAUUUUGAGAGGGGCUGGAGAAAGGAUUUCGCCAUGUCUGUGAAGGACACGUCAGAGAAGUGGCGUAUCGACAAAGGUUAUCCCAAGACGUGGAGGAGGAUCGCUUUUGAGGGAGCAGAGAAGCAGGAUUGAUGACUUGCGCAUAGCAAGUUGAGCCUCCGGUGCCUGAGUUUAGACCUCAUUACUCCUUGAGAGACGCAAAUAGAAUACGCCACAUGCAGGCACUGAAGAGUCAGUGUUGUUCCUCCAAUUUACUUGACUUCUUGGUGCUCAAAUUAUGCUUUUUCUUGGUGGAGCUGGCUACAAACUGCGUUCUAUAGCCCAGGCAGC